AAUAAGCGCGAGCUCCAGCGCCAUCAAAACUAAGCAGUGGUGCUCCAUUGAAACACGCAUAGUAAACGCCAGUCAGAAAAAUGCUGCAAGCAAAGCUCACUGGCCUGCGCGCGACUCGCUCGAGUGGAAACGCACCUUGCAAGCCUGCUGCAAAGACAGUGGCACAUGGUGCAGUAACGUGCCUCAGGCAUGCGCAGCGGCUAGGGUUCAGGGUGUCGGCUUCGGGCGCAAGCGCGGCAGGAGACGCCGAGUCACUCGGUCGCGGCAUCGACUCGCUCGCGUCGCACGCGACGACUCAGAGCUACGUAAUUGGCAAGGACGGCAAGAGCGUGUCGGUGCCACUUGGAGCCGUGCAGCAGCUGCCGGUGGCGCUACAGAGCAUCAUCUUCAUCUCCAUUUUCGCCGCGCUGGCCGUGUGCACCUACCUCAACGUCACAGUCGUGGGCCCAGCCCUGGCCGCCGCAGCGCCGGCGGUGCAUGCCGCGCUGCUUGCCGCCCGCGUGCCGCUGUGCUGCGCGCUCUUCUUCGUCGUGGGUGUCGCGCACUUCACGUCACACGAGGGCAUUGCAUCCAUGUACCCCAAACCCGGCACCUGGGGCCUGUGGUACCUUCCCGGGUCCGCCUCAUUCCACACCAACUGGACGGGGGUGGCGGAGGUGGCCGGCGCUGUGGGCCUGGCCCUCGGCGCCGCCGGGCUGCCCGCCGCCCUGCUCUCGGCCUACCCGCAGCUGCUGGCGGCUUCUUCUGCGGCGCUGUUCUUGCUCACCAUUGCUGUCAGCCCUGCGAACGUCUACAUGUUCACACACAACGCGCCGGGUCCUGUGGGUGCUGUCGUUCCCUGGCCGCUGCACCUCCUGCGCUUCUUCAUGCAGGUGGCGCUGCUGACGGCGUUCUGGGACCUGGGCCGGGGCGUGCUGCUGGGGCAUGUGCCGCUGCUGCCAUGACACAUACACACACGGCCCCGAGGCCCCGGCUGGCGCCCCCCUCCCCGCCCGCCAACCCAGCACCACUAGCGACACGGGCCUGGCUGAGAUUCAGUGCAUCGUGGGGAUGGCGACAAA